UGCUGCAGCAGCUGCUGCAGAAGUCCUCCAAGGCGAGAGCGCAUGCGCUGCAGGUAGCAGAGAACAGCAUCAGCAGCAGCUGCAGCAGCAGCAGCAGCAGCAGCAGCAGCAGCAGCAGCAGCAACCGCAGCAGCAUUUGCUGCUGGCUGCUGUGCCGCUGGGCUUGCGACGUUCUGCUGCAUAAAAAGGGUCAGCGAGUUCCUGCUGCUGCUGCUGGUGCUGCAGCAGCAGCAGCAGCAGCAGCAGCAGCAGCAGUAAAGAAAGAGGCCCUAGAUGUUAGGGAUAAGCUGCUCCAGCUCUUCCUUCAGGUACAGGCAGCAGCAGCAGCAGCAGCAGCAGCAGCAACAGCAACAGCAGCAGCAGCAACCGCAGCAGCAGCAGCAGCAGCAGUAGCAGCAGCAGCAGCAACAGUAGCAGCAAGCUACAAGCGCAGCAGUUUGUCGAGCUGCAGCUGUAACAGCAGCAGCAGCAGCAGCUACCCACCGUCAAUGCAGCUACUGGACGGGCGCCAUGCUACUGGGGUGUCUGUGCAUGCAUCAUUUGCUGCUGUAGGUUUGCUGCUGCAGCAGCAAGACCUAGAAGCUGCUGCUGCUCCUGCUGCAGCAAAGGGGUUCUCUCGUUCUGUCGAUGCUGUGGGGCCCCCCGUGCUGCUGCUGCUGAGACACUCCAGAGCAGACUCAUCCAAGUGUCUGCUGCUGCUGGUGGAUGAGCUGCUGCCUACCCUGAAGACAGCAGCAGCUGCUGCUGCAGCAGCAGGCCGCAGCCGUGCUGCUCUUGCUGUUAGCAUUAUAAGACAAGCAGCAGCAAACUGUCGUGCUGCUGCAGCACCAAUCCGAGCGCAGCAGCAGCUGCUGCAGCAGCUGAAUACACCAGGAUUGAAGGUGCUAGACACCAUUGCGUUGCUGCAGGCAGCAACUGCAUGCACUCCGUCGAUGCACCAGGAGGCUGUGGUGUCUGCUGAGGAGCUGCAGCAGCUGCAGCAGCAGGUGAGCAGCAGCAGCAAAGUGCAUGCGCUGCUGACAGCAGAUGCAAGCGAUGAGGUUAAGGCUGCUUGCUGCAGUCUCCUGGGUCAGGUGCUGCCUCUGCUGCUGCGUCGCAGCAGCAGCAGCAGCAGCAGCAGCAGCAGCAGCAGCAGCAGCAGCAGCUCAUCGGAGCAGCAGAAAGAGCUGCAGCAGCUGCUGCAGCAAAGCCUGAAACUUCUCGGUUGCUGCUGCGAUGUUCAGCAGCAGCAGCUGCAGCAGCAACAGCAGCAGCAGCAGGAAAGCAGCAGCAGGACAGCAGCAAAAGUGCAGCAGCUCUUGCUGCAGCUGCAGCACUUUGGGUUGAGGGCUCUUCCUGCUUCUCCAUAG